AUGAUCGCUAGUAACACUGCUACAAUAUUAACAAUGGAAAAUGAUGCUAAUGAUCGAGGUAAAAGCGAUUCAGAUGCCAUAUCCGUUGCAUCUGUGUAUCCUUCAGUAGCAUCAGCAUCAGCAGGUGUUUCACAAUCGUCUCCAAAGUGUAGUACCAUUGUGCCACCAAUUCCACCAUCAAAAGAAAAGAAGCCAACAUCGGACGAAACGCUAAAUAUCUAUGAUACCGGAUUGGAGGACAGGAGUUACGGAGUUGUUAAUUAUAUGGUCUGGUCCCAAAUUAAUGUCUUCUUCGGUGUUAUUAUUUUGGGUAUCGUUGCUAUAUUAAUGUCGAAAUAUACAACAAAACUAGCAAAAGAUGGUAAACUCAAAAAAGCCAAGAUCUUAUCAAAAAUCACCCUCGGUUUCAAUAUAUUCAUUACUAUCCUAUUCACUGGUGCGUUAGUAUUUCUACUGGCCUAUUUUACUGAAAUCAGAUAA